AUGACAACUGUUAAUGAAGAAGUAGUUUGUGAGACAAACGGCAAUAUGCUAGGGGUAGAAACGUUCUCACCAAGUUGUAAUUUUUCAAAAUCUCCUUCGCCGUACCAUGGAUAUUCAGAUGAUAAUUGUUAUGAUAGUGAAGGGAAUAAACCUGAUAUUUCUGCGAGAGAGCAGCACAGCAGUCCAUACCAAAUAGAAGAAAAUCAGCCGAUGAUUAUCGAUCACCAGCCCAGAUGGAAUGAAAGAAUUCAAGAGAAUGGCCACCACACUGUGAUAAAUUACGAGAGACCUUUGUUCAGUGUACAAAUACCUUACGAAGUCACAAAUAUUCCAGAUAAUGGUUCAACUGAUAGCAUAACAGAUAUAGAUGAAAAUAAUGAAACAGAUGAAAGUCCAAAAACAUUGAAGACCACGAAUCAAUCAAAUGUCCCCAAGAGAGCACGAACUGCCUAUACAUCAUCCCAAUUAGUGGAAUUAGAGAAAGAAUUCCAUUACAAUAAAUACCUUUGUCGUCCACGGAGGAUCCAGUUGGCUCAGUCACUGAAUCUCAGUGAGAGGCAAAUCAAAAUUUGGUUCCAGAACAGGAGAAUGAAAUUCAAGAAAGAUCAGAAGAAUAAAUCAUUUUCUCCAAUACGUGAGAACCAAUCACCAUCAUUGUCAUCGUCAUCGAAUACUUCUAGUACUACAGGAAGAUCUAGGACCAAUCCAAUGAAGGCCGAAGAUUCCGCUAUAGUUGACCGUCUGCUAAAUAAUCCUACAGUUAUUCAAAAUCAAUAUAUUUCGCAGAAUCAAGUUAACUAUGGUUCCACUCAGUAUUGCCAACAGUGGGACAGAUUGUCAGAUCGAAGCAUUCUGUACUCUAAUCAGUAUGGACCACCUCAUAACCAGAAUGUCUAUCUAGAAUCACAAAUAGAUAAUAGUUAUCCACACUACAUACCACAAGUAACUACCAUCGCUCCAUUGAAUUAUUAUUCUGCUAAUGAUUAUGAUCAUAUUAUUGAUGAUGGUCCGAAAUCUUUGUAUCAGCCAUAUUUGACAGUCAAAAAGGAAGAUGGGUCCACAAUCGUUCCAGUUCGAAAUGUAGUGGAGCCUGGAGUGAAUGAAUAUACUAGUCACUUAUCAAAUGUUUGCUGGGAGAGCACUACCUGUUUAGGAAAUAUUACUCCACCGGAUAGUUUGACUCAGUUAUAA